AUGAGCCUCACAAAAUCCACUAACAAUGGUGGCUCAAGGACAAAGGAUGAUGAUACAUCAGAAGUAGGGUCAGAAUUUCUCUUGGCUAUGAGGGCUACAACAAAUCCAGAUGAUUAUACCGCUCUACAGUCUAUUCAAAACCUAUGGGAAAAUGUACCACCAAAUUGGUCUGGCUCAGAUCCGUGUGGAGCCAAUUGGGAUGGAAUUGGAUGCAUCAAUUCACGCAUUGUCUCCAUAACAUUAGCAAGCAUGGGUUUGAGAGGCCAACUCUCAGGAGACAUUGCUGGCUUAACUAAAUUGCAAACUCUAUCCCUCAAUUCUAACAAAUUUAUUGGACCUAUACCACCUUCUAUUGGUGCAUUGUCAAGUCUUUAUUGGCUGGAUCUUGCUGACAACAAACUAAGUGGGAGGAUACCUGUCUCAAGUGCAACUGAACCUGGUCUUGAUCUGCUUGUCAACACAAAACACUUUCAUUUUGGGAAGAAUCAGCUGUCUGGGGAGAUACCACCGCAACUUUUGAGUGCUAAUAUGACGCUGAUUCAUUUGCUGCUAGACAGCAAUGAACUGACCGGAAAUAUCCCUGCCACCCUUGCAGACGUGCAGUCCCUCGAAGUGGUACGCCUAGACAGAAAUUCAUUAAGUGGACAAGUUCCCCCAAACCUCAACAAGCUCGUGAACAUUCAUGAACUGUUUUUAUCAAAUAAUGAUUUAACCGGACCCCUGCCUGAUCUCACUGGCUUGGAUUCACUUCAUUAUCUGGACAUGAGCAAUAAUACGUUUAAUGCCUCAAAUCUUACUUGGUUUUCAACACUACCGUCUUUGACAACUCUAGUAAUGGAGAACACGAAUCUUCAGGGAGAGAUUCCUCAUGCAAUUUUCGGUCUUCGUCAGCUGCAAUCUGUAAUAUUGAGAAACAAUCGGCUCAAUGGGACCUUGAGCAUUGGCCCGAACAAUAGCAAUGACCUCCAACUCAUUGAUUUGCAGAAUAAUUCCAUUGAGUACUUCACAGAAAAAGCUGGAGGCUAUGGUAUUGAAAUCGUACUUCUUGGUAACCCAUAUUGUCAAGAGGGAGCAACAAAAAGCUACUGCAUCCUUCCUCAAAAGGCAAAUUCCUCGUACUCAACUCCAAUUAAUUGCUCAACACCUGAGUGCAGGCCUGAUCAAAUAGCUAGCCCCAAAUGUAUAUGUGCCAAUCCAUAUACAGGCAUCCUAUUUUUCCGAGCCCCUUCUUUCUCUGACUUGGGGAAUUCAAGCAUAUAUGCCUCUCUGGAACAGAAUUUGAUGUUCUCAUUUCACUCUCAACACCUACCAGUGGAUUCAGUUUCUCUAAGCUAUCCAUCUAAGAAUUUAGACCAUUAUCUCACAUUAAAUCUUCAAGUGUUUCCAUCAGGCCAAGAACAUUUCAAUCGGUCAGCAAUUGCUGGGAUUGGUUUUGUACUUAGCAAUCAAACCUUCAAACCACCAAACUCAUUCGGGCCCUUUUUCUUCAUUGCCAACGUCUAUGAGUUCUUCUGCGGAAUUCCUUCAGGGUCACACAAGUCCAGCAUCAGUCUCAUUAUUGGAGCUGCAGCUGGUAGUGUUGUCCUCAUAACAUUGUUACUUCUUGCUGGAGUUUAUGCUCUCCGCCAGAAAAGAAGAGCAGAAGUAGCUGCUAAACACAUUGAUCCUUUUGCAUCAUGGAACUCGACUAAAACUAGUGCCGGAGUUCCUGAGCUAAAAAGUGCCCGGAGUUUCACAUUUGAAGAGGUUAAGAAGUACACAGAUGAUUUCUCUGAAAAUAAUGACUUGGGAUCUGGUGGUUAUGGCAAGGUAUAUAAAGGAACUCUUCCUGGUGGACUUAUGGUUGCAAUUAAAAGGGCUAAGCAUGGAUCUAUGCAGGGGCAUCUUGAGUUCAAAACAGAAAUUGAGUUACUCUCCAGGGUUCAUCACAAGAAUCUUGUCAGCCUGGUGGGCUUUUGCUUUGAUAAAGCUGAAGAAAUGCUAGUAUAUGAAUUUAUUCCAAAUGGCACAUUGAAAGAUAGCCUUUCAGGGAUUUCGAGCAUCAGAUCACUGGACUCAUUUCAAUUUUUGCAUCUGCCAGCAUCUAAACUUGGCUUGUGUACCUGUUCGGUUGUAGGGGAAGUGAGGCAAGCAGUGAACAAAACCAAAGACCUUUGUAACCUUUAUGAAAUGAUUGACCCUCUCAUUGUCUCGGAUGUAACACCAAAAAGUUUGGAGAAAUUUGUGGACCUGGCAUUGAGAUGUAUCCAAGAAGAAGGGGUACAUCGGCCUACAAUGAGCGAGGCGGUGAAAGAGCUCGAGAACAUCAUGGAACUUGCUGGGGUGAACCCGAAUUCUGAAUCAGCAUCAACUUCAGGAAGCUAUCAAGAAGCAAGCAAGGGAUAUGAACAUCCUUACUAUGGUGAAAGUUUGUUUGUCUACAGUGGAGGGUAUUCACCCAUGAAGGUGGAACCAAAGUGA